AUGGAGAACGCAUCGCCUCCGUUACUGCGUUCCGCGUCUUCGGCUCGACAACUCUGGACCAUCGCGAUAUUUCUGCAUCUCCACAUCCUCAUCGCGGCUGAUCCCCAGCUACGGUACCAACAGUUCACAAAGCUGGGUUAUACUCUCGACGAGAAUAAACCAUGCCUGUUUGACUGUGUAGAUGGAAGAUGCAGAGCGGGAGUAAGUAGAGAAUUGGUGCCAUGCAGAGACAGCGGAGAAUUGGCUCCUACCUUCCACACAAUAAGGGAAUCCUCACACGAGUAUUGUUUAAGUAAUUGCGGCAAAUUCGGUACAGACUACGAGUGGUGCUAUGUUGACUCGUACGACAAAUGGGAUUAUUGCAGCAGCGUGACAGAAAACAAAAUGAUAAUUGAUAGAUCGUUCACCUAUGAUGGAAAAGCGUGUAGUGACGAAUGCACUUAUCGUGGUUAUCAUUAUUUGUGGUGUAACACCUUUGAUCGCUCUUAUAGUUGGGGCAAGUGCGAUCCGGGAGUAUUUAGUUACGUUCAAGCAUACACAGCAAGAGGAACUCCAUGUUGGGGAAGAUGUGAAAAACAUACGAGUGGGGAACUUUCGAAACAUGCAUAUAACGUGUGUGAGAGUUCAGCUGACAUUACCGAAGGUUGUGCUCCACCGGCUUUACCAAUCGCACAAUUGAAUCAUAUGCUCUCCUGCUUACCAGAAACUAAUCAAUGUCCAGCAAUACCACGGCGGCGCCGUAGAAAUGUUCCGCCCACAUAUUCAGAAUUACCACGGCGCAGCCGUAGGAAUGUUACGUUUACCCAAUGUGUGGAUGGAUUAACUAAUAACUUAGCACGAAUCCCAAUUAUGUCUACCACGAUCUUGGCGAAUCCUAAUAAUCCAAUUUUUAGUUACACGAUGAUACCAGCAGCAUAUACGGGUCGUGCGGCACUACCGGUCGUCGUGAGAGCUAGAAUCACCCCGGCUACUAUUAGGACAGGUCCUCGCAGAGAUAUGCCUUCCGCAGUUACAAAUAACCUAGAUGCAAUGGGUAUGAUAAGAGUGGGAGUUAACAGAGAUGAAGCUGGUCAUUUAAUCGGGUCGCAGUUAGGUGGUGUCGAGACAAUCUAUAAUGUGGCACCGCAGACGAGAAGACUUAACCGUGGGGAAGGACGAUUUAAAGAUUAUCCUCGAUGGAGACCCUCUGUGUGGUACAUUAGGGAUGAGAAUAUAAGAUCAUUCAUUGAUAGAACUAAUGGUACUGCAGAUCUGACAGUCACAGUACGAUAUGACUUGACGAGGUCAUUUAGACCUAUAGGGUUCCAUGUGAGCGAAGUUUUGAGGAACCCUGACGGGUCUGUGGCUUAUGAAUGUCCUGAUUUUUAUUACUCCAAUGAUCCUGAUCACGUCGAG